AUGGGUGUUCCCAAGUUCUUCCGCUGGGCGGCGGAGCGCUUCCCCUCCAUCAUCACCCCCUUUAAGGACUCGCCACCGCCGGUGGACAACCUCUACCUCGAUAUCAAUGGUAUCAUCCACAACUGCACGCACCCGAACGAUGUCGACGCGACGCGGCGCAGUCCGACAGAGAAGGAGAUGAUUCAGGCGAUGUUCGUCUAUCUGGAGAAGCUCUUCAACGCCAUCCAGCCGCGCAAGUACUUCCUGCUUGCUGUCGAUGGUGUCGCGCCGCGCGCGAAAAUGAAUCAGCAGCGCCAGCGCCGCUACCGCGCCGGUUACGAGAUGAUGAUCGCGCGUGAGGAGGCGCUCGCGAUGGGCGAGGAGGUGCCGGAGGAGAAGGACGUGUUCGACAGCAACUGCAUCACCCCCGGCACCCCGUUCAUGGUGCGCGUGAGCAAGGAGUUUCAGUACUUCAUCACCAUGAAGCUGUCCACCGAUCCGGCGUGGCAGGGGUGUCAGAUCAUCUUCUCCGGCCACGACUGCCCCGGCGAGGGUGAGCACAAGAUCGUCGAUUUUAUUCGCCGGCGCAAGAUGCAGCCGAACUACGACCCCAACGAGACCCACUGCAUGUACGGCCUCGACGCCGAUCUCGUCAUGCUGGCGCUCGCCACGCACGAGCCGCACUUUGUACUGCUGCGCGAGGUGGUUGCGUUCGGCCCCGGCUCUCGCAAGGAGCGGGAGCGGCAAGAGGAGGAUGAGGCGAAGGGCCUCGUGAAGGACAAGGCGUACCACAAGGCAGACGAGUUUGUGCUGCUGCACAUCAACGUCUUCCGCGACUACCUGCAGCUGGAGGUGAAGAGCUACCUGGCGAAGGCGAAGAGCAGCGUGAGUGUCGACUUUGAGCGAGUGAUCGACGACUUCGUCUUCAUGUGCUUCUUUAUCGGCAACGACUUCCUGCCGACGCUGCCGACCAUCGGCAUUAACGAUGGCAGUAUACCGGCGCUCCUGCGCAUCUACGUGGACAACAUGCUCAGCAAGAACAAGUACCUGACGCACAAAGGCGAGAUCGACUGGCGCAGCGCCGAGGUGUGGUUGAACGAGGUCGGCAAGCUCGAGUUUGAGACGCUGCGCCGACGUCAGCAGGAGGAGGCGGAGUUCCAGAAGAACCGCGCUCGCCGCGACCCUACCCACGAGGUGGACACCACCUCCGUAAUACCUAUCACAUCGAUCCUGGAGUUCAAGCAGCGCUACUACGGCGAGAAGCACGGCUUCGCUGGCGGCUGGGACGCGAGCAGCGAAGACAUGCGCCGACUGCGGGAGCACUACGUGGAGGGGCUCAUGUGGGUCAUGCAUUACUACUAUCAAGGCGUGCCUUCAUGGAAGUGGUUCUUUCCGCACUACUACGCACCCAUGGCGAGCGACAUGGUGAACCUCCCCGCUAUUGCCGCCAACGUCUCGUUCGAACUCGGCAAGCCCUUCCAGCCGCACCAGCAGCUGCUGGCCGUGCUGCCGCCCAUGUCAUACCUGUCCAUGCCGAAGGCCUACUGGCCCCUUCUGCGCAGCCCGAGUAGCCCGCUCGCCAAGUACCUGCCCGAGCACAUCGUUAUUGACCGCGAGGGCGCGCGCGCGCCGUGGGAGGGGAUUGUGCUGAUCCCCUUCAUCGACGAGCGCACGCUGCUCGCCGCCUACGAGUCGGUGCAGAAGAACGUCAGCCCCGAGGACGCCGCGAACAACGUGAAUGGCCCCCCGCUGCGGUUCUGCUACGACGGCAAGAUGCCGCUGUACGACCUGGAGGAUGAGAUGUUCGGCUCUCUCCGGAACGUCCUCGUGAGGCGCGAGACGUACGCGUUCCCUCACAUCGACAAGUUCAUUCCGCAGCUGUGCUCUGGCGUGCGCGUUGGCACGCGGCAGCUGGAGGGUUUCAGCACCCUCCAGUCGAAGCGUGACCUAAUCCAGCCGGUCUUCGAGGCUGGGGUCGUGUCGAUCUUUGGUCGUCCCACCAAGAACGACAGUCUCAUCCUGCAGAUGCGCGACUUCUUCAAGGCCAAGUCGGUCGACCAGGUGGCGACUCUCGUCGGCAAGGAGGUGCUCGUCGGCUUCCCGCACUACAAGCGUGCCCGCAUCGCCUCCCUCAAGGAUGCGCACAAGUCCAUCACUGCUUCGUACAGCAAGGAGGGCACCUUCAGCGGCACCGAGGAGCACAAGAACAACCGCGACGAGUCGGCUGCCUUCGUGAAGGAGGCGGACACGCACGCGCGCUUCAUGAAGUCGCAGCUGGGCCUCGCUGUGGAGCAGGUCGACGUUCUCGUGUACGUGCACCGCUUCAACGGAAUGCAGGUGACGCGCAAGGGGCACAUUGAGCGACACUUCGCCACCACCUGGACGUGCUACCCAAUCCAGCUAAUCUGCACCUUGGAUAGCAUAGACAUGCAGGAGGACAGCCGUUGCAUCGAGCGCGACCGAAGCGAAGGCGACAGUGCCUUUGGUGCCCGCUGCGUCUACAUCGGUCCGCAGCCCAAGUCGAAGAAGUCGCAGAUGGACGUGUACGGCAGCUGUGGCACGGUCGUGACGGCUGGCCAGCACGACACGACGACGCAGCAGGGCGAUCAGAUGACGGUUCGCCUCAAGGUGUUUCAGGAGCCGCUGCGGCUGCCGGCGGAGCUGCUGCAGUUUGCCGCGCAGCGGAACUGGACGGCGCUACCGCAGGUGGCGAUCAGUCUCGACAUUUUACCGCACACUCUGACGAGCAUCUGCAGUUCCAUCGUCACGUCGCCGCAGUUCGGCUCUCGCGAGCUGGGGCUGUGUCUAAAGUUCACCGGGCGGUGCAUCGCCAAGGUCGGGUACGCGAAGCUAGUCCAGCACAGUCUGAACCCGUGGUACGUUGGAAACAAGGACAUCUUCGCCCGCAUGGAAAAGGAUACGGAGGAUAUUGGCUACCACUUGGAGAUGGGCGAGAAGGGCGACUUCGCGGGCAAUUCGAGCAGCAACCGUGGGGGCAGCGGUACGUGGUACUUCUCCCGCGACGCGCAGGAGCUGAUCUGCGACUACGUGAAGCGGUUCCGCCCACUCAUCCAGUACAUCGAGGCGGGCGGCGUAAACUCGAACAGCGUUGAGCCGCAGCAGUUCCUGACGGGCAAGUGGCGCGACAGGGAUGUCGACGACGUGCUAACGGAGAUCGAGACAUUCUUAAUCGAGUCGGGGCUGCGCGAAACGCCGAUGAUCACGGCCACGGAGGAGGCCUUUCCGCAGCAGCUUCUCGAGCAGCUCGAGGCGUCGCUGCAGCAGCAGCAGAACCGCAGCUUCAAGGAGCUCUCGCUGCGGCAGGUAAGCCGCAACCAGCUCUACUUUCCUGUCACGCGCAGCAGCUGCGGCCACCUCGUGCCGCUGCCACUGCCGCAGGAGCAGACUUUCUACCUGGGCUCGCGGGUCGCGAACUGCCGCGCCACGGGCAUCGUUCCCUUCGGCACGCAAGGCACGAUCGUGCGCUUGCUGGCCAGCGGCAGGGAAGCAGAGGUCGUGUACGAUACCCCCUUCACGGGAGGCACGCGACUCGAUGGCCGCCUCAAGGACACUCGCGCCGCCAUUACGAAGCUGUCGGCGCUGCUAGUGCUCAAGUCGACGGAUGUGCAGCAGCCACAGCCGCAGCCACAGACACAGUCGGACAUGAGGGCCGCUGCGACCGCCGCCACGAACGGGUCGGCCAAGCUGCGGGAGCUGGAGUUCCUCCUGCAGGCGAACGGCAUUCACGUAGACCCCUCGGGCAAGUCCACGGUGUCGCCGCCAUCGCUGCCUGCAGCGUUUCAGAGCCCCACGAUUGCGGCGGCUCGCACUGCCCCGGCCGACUCUGGUGCGAGCCAUAGCAGCACCGCUGGCGCCGGUACAAGCGUUGUGCCGCGGCCGCGCAGUGCCGUUGCGACGGAGCAGACAUCGGCACCAGCGACACUAGGCAAGCGCUCCACCCCUGCCUCCGCCACCGCCCACUUGUCCUCCACCUCUUCGGUAACGCCAAUCACCAGAGAGACCCACGGCAGUCCCGCGAGCCUCAAAAUCACGGCUGCCCCAGGGAGCAGCGGGAUCAGCCUGCAAGACUUGGCCAAACACUUGCCGGCCUCCACAUCCCAGCGCUCACCCGCCACUGUCGCCUCGCCGGCUAGUCACGCUCCACCGUCGGCUGCAGUUGCGGCAACAACGACAGCGGCGCCCAGCGGCAUCACCAUCCCGGCCCCCAAGUCUGUGCAGCAGCACCAGCACCCGGUGCAUCCCGCCUUGCCAAGCCAAAGCAACGAGUCGGACGAGACUGCCUCCGACUCGAACACGCGCCGCAAGUCGCGCGACCUGCACGUCAUCCCGGACGACUUCGUCAGUGGACGGUUCAAGAUCAAGUACACGAACACAGGCUCGUUGUUCCGCAGCUGGCUGGACACCUUCACGGCGGAGGCGGUGCGCAAGACCCUCGCCGAGCUGGAGGCAGAGGGGAAUGCGAAUCCCGUGUGA